AUGUAUCAAUCAAACCAACAACAACAACAACAACAACAACAAGGAUAUCAUCAUCAACUUAACAGAACAUCAAUCUCAUCAAAUCAUUCAAUCAAAAUGAAUCAUCAUCAUCAACAACAACAACACCAUCAUCAACACUUUCAACCACAACCACAACCACACUUUCAAAUUCCAAUUCAUCAUCAACAACAUCAAACACCAUUACAUCAAUUUCAAUUUCAACAACUUCAUCAUCAACCAGUACCACCAUCACCAUCUCAUAACUUUCAAUUCAAUCGAAAUCAUCAUUCAAACUCAUUACAUCCAAACCAUCAUCAUCAUCUAAAUCACCAUCAUCCAAACCAUCUAAACCAUCUAAACAAUCCAUUCUUAAUCAAUCCACCUUCAAUCCCAUUACAAUCUCCAUUACCUCCUACUUUCUCUGCUUAUCUACAACAACACAAACAUCAACAACUACUCUCUUCUCCAUCCCUCAACCAACCAAGAUCUCCUACAUCUUCAAACCAUUCAUCUUACCAAACCCAACCAUCCUCAUCACUUCAUCAUCCGAACCAUAACCAUCAAAGUCCAUUUAAUCAAUACUCAAAACCAGAACCGAAAAGACCUAGCACACCACCAUCCAAUCUUUUGAACCUUACCACACCACCAUCCAAUCUUUCGAACCUUACCACACCACAACUUAUCACUCCAUUAAGUAUCAUCAGUAAUGGAACCAGAAAGAAACUCAAGAUCAGAUUACCACUAGAGUUUACACCUGAUCAUGAGUUAUCUUUAGACGAAAGUAGGAUCCGAUCGAAAUGGAAACGUUUACCGAUCUCUACGAAUCCCGCUCAACUUGGUCCAUCUAACCCAUCUGAUCUGCUUUUACUUCAUUCUACUUCUAAAGACGAAUGGCCUGAAAGAUUAGGUAACCGGUUACCUGAUUCGAUUGAUGUGUAUUUACCUGGUAAAGAAGUUUGGGAUGAUUAUCGGGCUGAGAUCUUGGAUGAGAAAUUAAAUGAAUUAGGUUAUCAUUCAAUCCAACAAGAUGAGAAUUUGGUUCACUUAGACUUACGACUUCGUCUAGAAGCCUAUCUAUCCGAUCAUCCAGAAUCGACCCUUCAGAUCCCUACCAUCCCUGGCAUCUAUCCUUUUGCUUUACCUUCUUCACCUCUCUCACCGAUUUCUAAACCUUUGAUGAGUUUCACGGCUCCGAUGAUGGCUCCUAGGGGUCAUAGUUCUACCAUGUCAAUUGCUUUACCUGGUGGAACUCCUAAUCAAUAUCUUGCUUCUAAUCGUUCUCCUACCUUUGGUCCUCCUUCUACACCCGGUGAACCGAUUGGCCCUCUUCCUCCUCCUCCUCCUCCGGGAUUGAAACCUACUGCGCCUGUCUUCAAACCUACUGGUACUUUGCUUCCUACUGCUCCUGAGUUUCAACCUACUUGGGCACCGGCUCCUGUUCCAGUUCCGAUCUCCAUUCGUCCUAGAGGCUCGGUUAGCCCUCAUAGAAUGCUUCUAAGUCCUACGUUAAUGAUUGUAGGUGAAGAAGAAGAAGAAGUAGAAGCAGAAACAGAAGAUCCAAAGAGACCAUCAGAAGAUCAAGAAGAGAUUGUGACGGAUAGUGAAGCUGAUUCCAUUCAAGCACAAGUCUUGACGGAUUCUGAAGUCGAAGAUGAUCAAGAAGAAGAAGAAGAAGAAGGAGAAUCGAUGAUGAGAAAUGAAGUGACGGAAGAUUAUUAUUCAGGUCCAGAUUCGGUUGAAGAAGAAGUGAUGAAUGAACAUAAUCAUUUGAUGAGAUCAUCUAUCUCGUCUCAAGCCUUGAGACGAAUCUCAUUUAAACCGAUCAUAUCAGAUCCAAGAACAGUAGUGAUGAAAGCAAGAUCGAGUGCUGGUGAAGAAGAAGAUGAUAUUCCAUUGGCCAAGUUAAAAGAUCGAAGGUUCUCUACUCAACUUCAUCAACUUGAUCAUUCUAGUCAAUCUUCUUCUUUACCUACCGGUAUACAAAUCAGUCAGGAUCAAAGGAGUGAAUAUACUAAUCCUAGUGAUGAAGAUGAACUAGAAGUACCAAGAGCCGAUCGAAAGCCUUCUUCAGCAUCUUUACCGAACCAUCGUACCACUCGAUCUCAUACGUUUGGCAUUAAUUCUUUCAGUGUGAGUGGUAGAAGUUCGAUGACGGGUGGGGAUGGGAUACCUCAUAAUUGGAUCAAUGGAGUGGAAGAUGAAGAUGAUAUUAUUUCAAAUCCUAGUGAUGAAGAUCAUGAAUUAAUCCAGAAUGAAGACCAUCAUCUCUAUACAACAAACUUGGAAGCUACCAGAUCAACCAUCACAGCAGAUGAAGAAGUCUCUAAACCUAAUCUAAACGCAUUCGCAGCUGAAUUCACACCAAACUUUAAUUUCUCUUCUAUGAUUCCACAUAUCGGAUCAUUAUCAAAACAAGUGAUUGAAGAUGAUGAACAUCAAUUGAUCGGAUCACCUGGAAGAGGUAUCAAACGACAAAAAACACAACAAGAAGUUUGGAUUGAAGAAGAAGGUCCCUUGAUCCCAUCCUUUUCAGAACAUUUACCACCUCUACGACAAUCUGUUUCACUUCCACCACCCUUUUCGUUACCUGAAUUACCUGAACGUCUAGGAGGAUCUAGUUCUGGUCUCACAUCUGAUUUGAUACGAGAAGAUCCCAACUAUGAACAUCAGAAGACAUUACCACAUGAUUUAGGAUCGAUUAUGAUCCCUAAUAGUCCGCUCAUACGUGAUCGAUUGUUACCUAUCAUGAGAGAUCAACCUAUGACACCCAAGGUACCUAGACUUAGACCUUCUUCUUCGUUUGAUGAUGAUUCGACUUCUUCAAUCGAUCAUCAUUCUAGAUCAUCUUCACCUUCACCUUCUAGAGUCUUAAACCAAGCUAGAUCAUUCGAAUUGAUUCCUACUCAAAACCUUUCGUCUAAAGAUUCGAUGAUCUCGUUAAACCAAUUAAAACAACAACAAAUCGAAUGGAAUCAAAUUGGAAAUCAACCCAAUGUAAAGGCUCAGAUUGGUAAUGAAGAGAUUGUGAAGAUCAGUAGUAGUGCUUCGAAGAAGAGAGGUGAGAUUCCCAAGUUCUUGUCCCAUGAUCUUGAUCAUGAAAAUUGUAGGCCUGCUCCUCCUAGUCAAAUUACAAGGAUUGAGAAAAUCAAUGUGGGACCUAAGAUUGUGGUUGAAGAGAAGUCUGGUGGGAUUGAAGAGAUGGGCUUUUUGGAUCCGGCUGGGGUGAGUACUAUACGAAUUAGCAAUCGGGUACAUCUAGAUGAUGAUGAUGAUGCGGAGGAGGAUGAAGAAGAAGAAGAUGAAGAAAUGCAAAGUGGAUCAUCAGAAGAUGAUGAAGUAGAAGAAGCAAAUCUAAGUAUGAGAUCAUCCACGACUUAUUUAAAUAAAUUAUUAAAUAAAAAGUUUAAAGAAUUAAGACAAGACUUAAGUGGAUUACAUACCUUAAAGGUUGAUUUUGAUUCAUUGAAACGAGAUGCGUUAUUAGAAGAGAUGCAUAAACGAAUGGAGAUGGUAAUAGAAGAAAGUCAAAGGAAAGAGAAAGGAAAGGAUCUAGAAAUCAUUCUUAGAUCGAUACGAGACCUUAAGAAUGGUGAAGAAGAGAUUGAGAUGAUGAUGAAGAAAUUAUCAGAGGCGGUGAAACCACAGAUUUAUCAAUUGAUUGAUUUAACGUCUGAUAAGUCUGAAACGGCUGGAUUGAUUGUUCAAGAAUUGAAACCUAGUUUAGAAGACUUGAUGAAACGAUUGAUUGGAGAAUUAAGAGUUGAGAAUGAAAAGAUCAAAGAAAAAAGGAUAGAUGAAGAUGAACAUAGAGAGAGUUUGAAAGUAGGAGAAGAGAUGAUUGAAUUGAUUACACAAUUAGAUUUGAAAUCGUUGAAUUUUUAUCAAGAUAUUAGUCAACAGAUUGGAAGUACGAUGAAUGAGAUUAGUGAAUUGAUUAAGAGUGAGAUUAGAAGAGAAGUAUUAGAAAGUAAAGAGAAUGAGAUACAAGAACUUAGGAAUGUGAAGAACGAAUUAGAAUUAGGCUUAUUGAAGGCUAGAGCUGAUCAUGGUAGAGUAAGAUCUGAAAGAGCAGUGGAAAAGGAAAAGAUUAUGGAAGAGAAAUCGAAAGUUGAAAGAGAGUUGGAAGAGUUGAGGAAGAAGAAAAGGAUGGAUGAGCUGGAGAUUGAAAGGUUUAGAAAGGAGAAAGAGGAGAUGGAAGGAUCCAGGAGGGUUCAAGGGGUUGAGAAAGAGUCGGUUGAGAGGGAAAGAGAUCGGUUGAAGGAGUUGGUUGCAAGGCUUGAGAGUCGAUGUGAAGGAUUUGAAGUUAAGGGAAGGGAAUGGGAAACCAAACGGAUUUUACAAACUGAAGAGAUAGCCGAAUUAAAGGUCAAGAAUCGAAUGAUUGAAUCGAAUAAUAAAUCGAAUGAGAGAGGAUUAGAAUUAAGUCAGAAUGGAUAUGAAAGAUUACAAGAAGUACGAAAUCUGGAUUUGAUUAGGUAUCAAACUAAAGAAGAUGAAUUAAGGAAAGAGAUUAGGAAUCAAGAGAUUGAGUUUGGUAAAAGAUAUCAAGAGAUGGGUAGAGAGAUUAGAGAAGCUGUAGAGGGAAAAGCUUUGGUUGAGGGUGAGCUUAGGAGUUUGGAAGGAAGGAUUCAUAAACUUGAUGAACAAAUCUCUGGGUUAAGAGAGAUGAGUGCGGCUAAACAACAAUCAUUAGCGACAGUAAAUCAAAGGUUAUACGAAUCAGAAAGAAAAUCCAAAGAAGUCGAAAGUUUGAGAAAUGAGAUGACACGAAUGAAAGGAGAGAAUGAAAGGAUGAAAGCCAUCGAAUCAGAUUAUAGAAGGAUGGAAGAAGAGAAGGCAAGGAUUGAAGAAGAGAAUGUGGAAUUGGUACGAGAGAUUGGAGAGGUUAAAGAAGGGUUAGAGAAGAUGUAUGAGAGUGUGGGCAAAGAGCUUUCGGAGGUUUAUGUUAAGAAUCAGAGCUUAGAAGAAGAGCUUGGGGUGGUUAGGUUGGAGAAGGAGGGGUUGGAGAAGGAGGUUUUGGAGAGGGAGAGAUUGGAGAAGGAGAGAUUGGAGAAAGAGAAGUUGGAGAGGGAGAGAUUGGAGAAGGAAAGACUAGAGGAAAGAUUGGAGAAGGAGAAAUUAGAGAAGGAGAGAUUGGAGAAAGAGAAAGAGAAAGAGAAUUUGAUUAGAUUUGAAGGAGAUUCAAGUUAUAGGAAUCUACAAGAAACACCCAAGAAGUUUUAUCCUACACCACCUUUACAAUCAUACGAUUUCGUUAAAUCUAACGUACCACUUUCCAAUUCGAUUCAUGCACCUAAAAACCAACCAAAACAAAAACAACUUCAACAACACUAUCAACAAGCAUAUCAACCAAGAGGAAGUGAGGACCUUUACGAUUGGUUUCUGAUUUUUGAAUGGUAUAGUAUUGAUUGA